AUGAGCACUGGAGUUGAUACCAGAGAUGGUGCUGAAGUCCUGGUCCAGAGCAAUGUCUUCACUGACGUUGAUGAGCCCAUCGCUGCGCUAUACAGCGACGAUACGGGAUACGCUGUAGCCAUUGAUAAUGAUCUUGGUGGGGAGUCAAAUACCGCGCCGGUAGGAAACUUGACUGCUAGCAGUAUGCCAUACUCCUACUCGCUUCUAGGUAGUGGGAGUGUAGUUGCAGCUGUUGUUGGAACUGCUGGGGCUACACUUUCUUUUUGA